CGUUCUGCUGCUCUGGCCUCGGUACUUUAGCGACACGUUUCGUGGAGCUCCCUGAAAACCUUCCCAAGACGGAUGGAGGGAGUUUCAUUCACUCUUUGCUGAGGGAAAUGUGGUGGAAUAUAAGCGGAUUUGGUUCCGCCCAUUGGAGGCAUGGAGGUGGAGUCUGCGGAGGCCCGGUCCUCCGCCCCCGCCCCCGGCUACAAGCGUUCGGGUCGCCGCUACAAGUGCCUGUCCUGUACUAAGACAUUUCCAAAUGCGCCUAGGGCAGCACGUCACGCUGCCACACACGGUCCUGUAGACUGCGCAGAGGAGGUGGCGGAAGCGAAGCUGAAGCCGGAGACAGAACCCAAAGCAGAGGAUGCUGGCGGGGACAAGGUGUCAGGUGCAUCGGCUAAGCCUCGGCCUUAUGCAUGCCCGCUGUGCCCCAAGGCCUACAAGACGGCACCCGAGCUGCGCAGUCACGGCCGCAGCCACACUGGUGAAAAGCCCUUCCCUUGCCCCGAGUGUGGCCGCCGCUUCAUGCAGCCCGUGUGCCUGCGCGUGCACCUGGCCUCGCACGCUGGCGAGCUGCCCUUCCGCUGCGCUCACUGCCCCAAGGCCUACGGCGCGCUCUCCAAGCUCAAGAUUCACCAGCGUGGUCACACAGGCGAGCGGCCUUACGCUUGCGCCGACUGCGGCAAGAGCUUCGCCGACCCUUCGGUGUUCCGCAAACACCGGCGCACGCACGCGGGCCUGCGGCCAUACGGCUGCGAGCGCUGCGGCAAGGCUUACGCGGAGCUCAAGGACCUGCGCAACCACGAGCGGUCCCACACCGGUGAGCGCCCCUUCCUCUGCUCAGAGUGUGGCAAGAGCUUCUCCCGCUCAUCCUCGCUCACGUGCCACCAGCGCAUCCAUGCGGCUCAGAAGCCCUAUCGCUGUCCAGCCUGUGGCAAGGGCUUCACGCAGCUCAGCUCCUACCAGAGCCACGAGCGCACCCACUCCGGCGAGAAGCCCUUCCUGUGCCCGCGUUGCGGCCGCAUGUUCUCCGACCCCUCGAGCUUCCGGCGCCACCAGCGGGCGCACGAGGGCGUGAAGCCUUAUCGCUGCGAGAAGUGCGGCAAAGACUUUCGGCAGCCCGCAGACCUGGCCAUGCACCGGCGGGUGCACACGGGUGACCGGCCGUUCAAGUGCCUGCAGUGUGACAAGACGUUUGUGGCGUCUUGGGACCUCAAGCGCCAUGCGUUGGUGCACUCGGGCCAGCGGCCCUUCCGCUGUGAGGAGUGUGGGCGAGCCUUCGCCGAGCGAGCCAGUCUCACUAAGCACAGCCGGGUGCACUCGGGCGAGCGUCCCUUCCACUGUAACGCCUGCGGGAAGUCCUUCGUGGUAUCAUCAAGCCUGAGGAAGCAUGAGCGGACCCAUCGAAGUAGCGAGGCCGCAGGGGCGCCCCCACAGCAGGAGCUGGUAGUGGGGCUGGCACUGCCAGUCAGCGUGGCAGGCGAGGGCCCCGCAGCCCCGGCAGCAGGUGCAGGGCUAGGGGACCCCCCAGCAGGGCUGCUGGGGCUGCCCCCGGAAUCAGGUGGUGUGAUGGCCACCCAGUGGCAAGUGGUGGGCAUGACGGUGGAACAUGUGGAGUGCCAAGAUGCUGGGGUUGGGGAGGCUCCUGGUCCCUUGGGGGGAGCAGGCGAGGUGGGGGGCGAGGAGAAUGAUGAGAAGCCACCGCAGUUUGUGUGCCGGGAGUGCAAGGAGACGUUCUCCACGCUGACGUUGCUGCGACGGCAUGAGCGCUCACACCCAGAGCUCCGGCCCUUUCCCUGCACCCAGUGCGGCAAGAGCUUCUCUGACCGGGCAGGGCUUCGCAAACACAGCCGCACCCACAGCUCUGUGCGCCCCUACACCUGCUCCCACUGCCCCAAGGCCUUCUUGAGUGCCAGCGACCUGCGCAAGCACGAGCGCACCCACCCUGUGCCCAUCGGGACCCCCACGCCCCUCGAGCCCCUUGUGGCUUUGCUAGGAAUGCCUGAAGAGGGACCCGCGUGAGGCCCAUCGCCCCCUCCACCUCACUCCCAAGAGCCCAGACCUCACAGGGUGUCUCCUGAACCUCUCUGCCCCAGCUCACUCUUUAGACUCCAGAUCCCUGCCCCCCCCCACCCCAGGCAGCUAGCUCUCCUUGCCAACAAAGAGCUGGGGACAAUGGAGGCGGGCAGCGCUGUUGAGAGACACGUGUGGUUCUGAGUAACACUCAUUAAAGCAUUUCACUUUGA